AUGUGCUUGCCUAUAUUUGACCUGUUGAUGAACCACAUGCACCUUCCUACAUUUGUUGUUGUUCUUGUUGGAGUUCAGAAACCGAUGUUGGCCUCCUUACGCUUUAUUUACCGGGGACCAGAUAACUUUCAUGACCAGAUGUUUAUUAUUCUAUCCCGCACCAUUGCUUUGUGGGGACUAAUCUCACCAGGUUCAUCUGCAUCGGUAGAUUUACUGUUUUCUUUCCAAGUAAUUGGCCAUAUGAAGACUAUCCUUGUCUUGAUCAUGGGCUUCCUCUUCUUUGGGAAGGAGGGUCUCAAUCUCCAAGUAGUCAUCGGCAUGAUCAUAGCUGUAGUUGGAAUGAUCUGGUAUGGCAAUGCGUCAUCUAAGCCUGGGGAAGGAGCGCAAGCCAUUCACUUCCUACCAGCGAACAACAUAAACAUGGUAGUUUGUCGAAGUCCACCGAAAUAG